AUGGCACAUUGUGAUUUUCAAAUCAUAUAUGAGCACUUGGUCAUUAAGGGAAUGGACCCUACAUAUAACUUUUGGUACCAUCAUAGGGAAGUAUGUGAAGGAGAUGAAAUGGAGAAUGAAGUUGAUGAUAGUUUUAUGUGUGAAGCAACAAACUUCUAUGAGAGCACAUAUAUGGGAAAAGAGGACAUCAUUCAUGACAAUUCUACAUCAAGGAAGGAAAACAAAUUUUCGCAAAAGGUGGAAGAGGCAAAUACACCAUUGUAUGGUGGUUGUACGAAGUAUACAAAGAUGUCAGCAGUUGUAGCAUUGUACAAACUGAAAACUUUUAAUGGUUGGUCAGAUACAAGCUUCACUAGCCUUUUGGGGCUUUUGCAUGACAUGCUCCCAAUGGACAAUGUUAUUUCAAGAUCCAUUUAUGAAGUUAGAAAAUUAUUUAAGGAAUUUGAUUUAGGUUACCAAAAAAUUCAUGCAUGUGUUAAAGACUGUUGCCUAUUUAGAAAUGAGAAUGAAAAGUUAGAAAGUUGUCCUCAUUGUGCAAGUUCAAGAUGGAAGAUUGAUGAACGAACAAACCAAAUCAAACAAGGUGUGCCCGCCAAGGUAUUGAGAUACUUUCCUAUCAUUCCACGACUUAAACGUAUGUUUAAAAUAAAUGAAGUUAGUGAAAGUUUACGGUGGCAUUUGAGUCAUAAAAGUACUGAUGGAAAGAUCAGACAUCCUGUUGACUCUGUUGCAUGGGAAACAAUUGAUAAAAAAUGGCCUGAGUUUUCAAUGGAUCCACGUAAUCUUAGGUUGGGCCUUGCUACAGACGGGUUUAACCCCUUCUCCAAUUUAAGUAGUCGAUAUAGUUGUUGGCCGGUCAUGCUUGUUACUUACAAUCUUCCUCCUUGGUUAUGCAUGAAAAAAGAAAACAUAAUGUUGACACUGUUGAUUCCUGGUCCCAGACAACCCGGAAAUGAUAUUGAUGUAUAUCUACAACCCCUUGUGGAAGAUUUACAACAACUAUGGAAAGGAAUACAAGUUUAUGAUAUUGUAGGCAACACACAUUUUAAUUUGAGAUCAAUUCUUAUGUGGACUAUAAACGAUUUUCCAGCAUAUGGAAAUCUUGCCGGAUGCACUACAAAAGGUAAAUAUGCAUGCCCAACAUGUGGAGAUAGUACUCAUUCUUAUUGGUUGAAACAUAGUAAAAAAUUUGCAUAUAUGGGUCAUAGACGAUUCUUGUCAAGGGCUCAUCCAUAUCGAAGAAAAAAAGCAUGGUUUGACGGUAGAAUAGAAGAAGAGUUACCCCCCAAAAUAGCUACAGGUAGUGCAAUUUAUGCCCAACUUCAAAAUUUUAAUAAUUGUUGGGGAAAACGUGAAAAGAAAAAGAGCAAAAGUCAUAAAGAUUUGUCAAACCAAAGGUGGAAGAAGCGAUCGAUUUUCUUCGAUCUACCAUAUUGGAAGGAAUUACCAAUACGACACAACUUGGAUGUCAUGCACGUGGAGAAGAAUGUAUGUGAGAGUAUUAUAGGUACAUUAUUAGAUAUAAAUGGAAAGUCAAAAGAUGGGGUUAAUGCAAGAAAAGACUUACAACUUUUGAAAAUUCGUCCUGACUUGUAUCCUCAAGAUUGUGGAGGAAGAACUUAUCUACCUCCAGCUCCACAUACAUUGUCGAAGUCCGAGAAAAAAAUAUUUUGUUCAAGGUUGUACAAACUGAAGUUGCCUGAUGGAUACAGUUCAAACAUUUCAAAGUGUGUAUCAUUAGAUGAAUGCAAAGUGAUGGGGUUGAAGUCUCAUGAUUAUCAUGUGUUGAUGCAACAACUUUUACCAGUGGUGCUUAGAGGCUUGCUCCCAAAAGGUCCAAGACAUGCAAUAUACAGGCUAUGCUCAUAUUUUAAUAGACUUUGCCAACGUAUAAUUGAUAGAGAGGUUAUGUUGGAUCUUGAAAAAGAAGUGGUGGACAUUUUAUGUCUUCUUGAAAGAUACAUGAAGGUAUUGAAAGGUUAUGUACGAAACAAAGCACGACCAGAAGGGUGCAUUGCAUCAUGUUACUUAGCUGAUGAAUGUGUUGACUUUUCAAACAAGUAUUUUAAACAAUCAGUUGAGGUAGUGAAUAGUCAACAACGUAAUGAAGAAUACCAAAAUGAUGUCAUCUUAGAGGGUCGUCCUAUAUCUUCUGGAACUUCAAUUGAACUAUUCGAUGAUGUACUUGAAAAUGCACAUCGAUAUGUCUUAUUCAACACAUCAGAGGUGGAACCAUUUAUAGAGAUUCAUAUGAAUGAACUCAUGGUUUUAGACAAGAGACUAGAAAAAGAUUCCAAUCUACUUUGGAAGAUUCAUACAGAACAAUUUCCAUUGUGGUUGAAGUCUAAGAUUGAAUUAGAUUCAUCCGUUGAAGGUUACUCUGAGUUGUUAAAAUGGCUUGCGAAUGGACCACGAAAGAAUGCAAUGUCUUACACUGGAUACAUCAUAAAUGGGAAAAGAUUUCACACAAAGAGUGUUGAAAAAUCAACUCAAAACAAUGGUGUUGCUGUAGAUGCUACAACAUUAUGUCGAUCUAGUGCCAAAGAUAAAUCUCAAGUUAUGGAUGUAGUUGCUUAUUACGGAGUGUUACAAGAAAUCAUCUUGUUAGACUAUUAUGUCUACCAGCUUCCAAUCUUCAAAUGUGAUUGGGCAAAUGUUCGCAAUGGAGUAAAAGUUGAGGAAGGAUUCACUCUUGUUAACUUACAUCAAAGUCAAAGCAAGUUUGUACGAGAGCCUUUCAUACUAGCCUCACAAGCCAAACAAGUGUUUUACGCUAGAGAAAAUGACACUUCAAAUUGGUAUGUCGUAUUAAAAGCACCACCAAGAGGGUUUCACGACUUGGAAAUGUACGAUGAGAAUUAUGAUGAUACUUUGGUUAGUAAUGAAAACAUAAGUAAUGCAGUUGAAGAUGUUGAUGAAAGUGACGAGCUUACUUAUGCAAGACAAGAUUGUGAAGGUGUUUUCAUUUCAGAAGUUGUUUGA